AUGAAAUCCUCUAUGAGAAAUGAUGAAUUAAAUUUGAUAAGUAAAAUAAUAUGGUUAAUGAUAAAUAUAUUAUUUGGUACUUUUCUUUCUAAUAUAUUGUUUAUUUGGACUGCUUGUAAUAUGCAUUUACCAUUAUUUUUAAUUAAUUUGAUACCAUCAUUAUUUAAAUCAUUUUUUAAUAUACCAUGGAUUAAUUUAGAAUUAUCAUUAUUUAAUAAAAUUAUUUUUAAUGCUCUAUUAUGUUUUAUAUUUGGUUUUGUACAUACCUAUUUUGCACAAGAAAAAAUUCAAAAUUCAAUGAAUCAAUUAUUUCCAAAAUCAACAUUAAGAACAGUUUAUAUAUUAUUAGUUAGUAUAACAAGUUGGUUAAUUAUUGGAUUAUGGCAACAUACACAAAUUCAAUUAUGGGAUUUUUUAAAAAAUUUAAUGUUAACAGAAAAUCAACGUGAUAUUAUUCUAACGAUUAUUUUUAUUUUAAUUUUAAUUCCAGGUCUCUAUGUUCCAUUCAAAUUUAAUAUAUUUGAAUUUUUGGGUAUAAAACAACUAUUAUAUUCAUCUAAUUUAACAUCAACCAAAUGUCCAUUGUCAAUGACAAAUGUACAACGAACAACUGGUUCAUCUCAGUUAAUAACAACUGGUUUAUUUCAAUUAUGUCGUCAUCCAUUAUAUUUAUUUACAUUUCUUGCUAUUAUAGUGUCACCAACAGUAUCAUUUGAUCGACUCUUAUUUGUUAUCUAUUUAUGUGUUUAUGUAUCAAUUGGAAUACCAAUUGAAGAAAAAAAAUUAAUAAUGAUAUUUGGUGAAGCCUAUGUUGAAUAUAGAAAAACGAUUCCAGCUAUUAUACCAAAUUUAUUCAGUUUUGGUACUCGAAAAUCUAAAACAAUAUAA